AUGACCAUGACCAAACAGCCUGGAGCAUCAGGCCGGCCAGGAAGUUCAGACAGGACGCUAACACCCAGCUCUGUCAUCUCUACCGCAUCACGGAGCCUCCCCCAGGGGGAUGGCCACCGGUUGAACGACGCCCGGGAGACGGUGGCCCUCAUCGGCCAUGCGUCCAUGGUUGCAGCUGACUUUAGGUCGGCAUACGCCUUCAGAUACUCCCACCCGCACUCGCCGUCUGAAUACCUCCUCCAGGUCGACCGGCUGGGAAACAAGACGGUUGUCUACGCCCUCGCAUUGUUCAACGGCAGGACAACAUCGUUCGACAUCCCCACGGGCGACUUCAUAUCUGACUCUAGCCUUCCCCUGGCCGCCACCGAGGCAUCAUCAGAAGCCCUUGCCAACCUCUUUGUAUCACAGUCCCGUCUUGAUGCGCUCGUCGGCCUGUUUGACGAGAACAUCGUCCAAAGACUGGUGCCAAACCAAAAGGAAGGACAGGAGGCCGGUGGUGACGGCGGCACACACGGAAGUUUGCGAGAGCAGGCUGCCCAGCAGUACCCAUCCAGAGGCCCCUUACGUGACGACCGCAGCCCAGGACCUACUCGCCCCUAUCCGUUUGACGACCCGCUGCUCAUUCCGACUCGUGAACCCGCUCCUGCUGGUGUCGGCGAUUUCCCUCCUCCCGGGUUCGAGGACGAACAUGAGAUCAACAGCGGGCCCCGAGGCCCCCUCCAGGCCCCAGGCGGGAGGCACCCAGUGAACAUAGGUGAGAGAGAUCUCUAUCCGCAGGGGCUGGCACCCCACGAUCCGCUGAGAGGGCACCUGGGCCCGGCGGGAGGCCUAGCCAGCGGAGGAGGCAUGCAUCCCACCUUUGACGACCCUAUGUUCGGCGGGAGAGGGCGAGGGGAGGGCGGCUACGACCUGCAGGUACCGCCUGGGGCAAGGUAUGACCCCGUCGGCCCUGGUGACGGUCGACCGUAUGGUGGCUUAGGCCCGGGCUCUGGCUCAGGCUUCCCACGAGGACGAGGCCCUGGCCCAGGGUCCGGCGGCUUUGGCGGCUUUGGCGGCUUCGGCGGCGGGAUAAUAUGA